AAAAAGUAAAAUGGUCCAUUGCCCUUUGGGUUCGUUUCAUAAAUGGUUCUGGCGAAGCUGAACCCAAGAAGACAAGACACCCAGAAUUGAGAGAGAGAUACGGAGUUGAGUGGAAAAGCUUUCAUCUUCGGUUUCGAAGGAGGAGAGGAACAGUAAGACAGACAGCAUCUUCUUAACCUAACAAUGAUGAUGUUCAUGCGGAAAAGCGCUUUUAGAGCUACUGCUUCUUCUGCUCCUGCUUUUCAGCUUCAACAACAACUUAUGCAAAUGGGUAUCUUUCCUUUUCGUCCUGAUUUCCCAUUCUUAUUCUUCAAUCACCACCACUUCGCAACUUCUUCUUGUACUAAGAAAGCUUCUUCGCCUAAAAAAAGUGGUGGGGUUGUUAGUGAUAUUAGCAAUAACAUUAGUAUUGAUGAUGCCUUGGCUUCAUUCUGUCGCAUGGUCCGCGUGAAUCCUAGGCCUUCUGUUGUGGAAUUUGGCAAAUUCUUAGGGUCCUUUGCCAAAAAGAAACAGUAUUCUACUGUUGUCUCUCUGUGCAAUCAAAUGGAUUUGUUCGGUGUUACCCACACUGUUUAUUCUCUAACUAUAUUGAUUAACUGCCUUUGUCGCUCGAACCAUGUUGAUUUUGCUGUCUCUGUCUUGGGUAAAAUGUUCAAACUGGGUAUUCAGCCUGAUGUUAUCACAUUCACUACUCUACUCAAUGGGCUCUGCAAUGAGGGAAAGAUUAAAGAGGCCGUAGGAUUGUUUAAUGAGAUGGUACGGCAAGGGCAUGAGCCUAAUGUGAUUAGUUAUACUACUGUAAUCAGUGGUUUGUGCAAAACUGGCAACACAAGUAUGGCUGUUCACGUAUUCAAGAAGAUGGAGCAACACGGGUGUAAACCAGAUGUGGUGACCUAUAGUAUAAUCAUAGACAGCCUUUGCAAAGAUAGGCUAGUUAAUGAUGCCGUGGAAUUCUUAUCUGAAAUGCUGGAUCGGGGCAUUCCACCAAAUGUUGUUACUUACAGCUCCAUAGUCCAUGGUUUUUGCAAUUUAGGACAACUGAAUGAAGCUACUAGAUUGUUCAAAGAAAUGGUUGGCAGGGAUGUUAUGCCAGAUACAGUGACCUUCACUAUUUUGGUUGAUGGGCUGUGCAAAGAAGGAAUGGUUUCAGAAGCUCAACGUGUCUUUGAAACAAUGCCUGAAAAAGGUGUAGAGCCAAAUAUUUACACUUACAAUGCUUUGAUUGAUGGGUACUGUUUACAGCGCCAAAUGAAUGAGGCCAAAAAGGUGUUUGAAAUGAUGGUUCGCAAGGGUUGUGCACCUGAUGUACAGAGUUACAACAUCUUGAUCAAUGGAUUUUGCAAAAGUAGAAGGAUGGCUGAGGCAAAAUCACUCCUUGCUGAGAUGUCUCAUAAAGCAUUGACACCUGAUACUGUCACCUACAACACUCUUAUGCAAGGUCUGUGCCAAUUUGGGAGACCUAAGGACGCUCUAAAUCUUUUCAAGGAGAUGUGUUCUUAUGGCCUGCUUCCAAAUUUGGUGACUUACUCGAUUUUACUAGAUGGCUUCUGCAAACAUGGGCAUUUGGAUGAGGCAUUAAAACUGCUCAAGACAAUGCAAGAGAAGAAACUAGAGCCUAACAUCGUCCUUUAUACUAUUCUUAUUGAAGGCAUGUUUAUCGCUGGGAAGCUUGAAGCCAAGAAGGUUUUUGAAAUCAUGGUUCGCAAGGGUUGUGUACCUGUUGUACAUAGUUACAACAUCUUGAUCAAUGGAUAUUGCCAGAGUAGAAUGAUGGACGAGGCAAAGUCACUCCUUGCUGAAAUGUGUGAAAAAGAAUUGACUCCUGAUACUGUCACUUACAGCACUCUUAUGCAAGGCCUGUGCCAAGUAGGGAGACCUCAGGAAGCUCAAAAUCUUUUCAAGGAGAUGUGUUCUACUGGCCUGCUUCCAAAUUUGGUGACGUACUCGAUUUUGCUAGAUGGCUUCUGGAAACAUGGACAUUUGGAUGAGGCAUUAAAACUGCUCCAGUCAAUGCUAGAGAAGAAAUUAGAACCUGAUAUCGUCUUUUAUACCAUUCUUAUUGAAGGCAUGUUUAUCGCUGGGAAGCUUGAAGUUGCAAAGGAACUAUUUUCCAAGCUUUUUGUCGAUGGAAUACGACCUACUGUACAUACAUACAGUGUCAUGAUCAAGGGACUUCUUAAAGAAGGGCUGUCAGAUGAAGCAUACAGAUUAUUUAGAAAAAUGGAAGAUGAUGGCUUCAUGCCGGACAGUUGCUCUUAUAAUGUUAUCAUUCAAGGGUUUCUUCAUAUUCGGGACUCAUCAACUGCUGUACGACUUAUUGAUGAAAUGGUUGGUAAGAGAUUCUCGGCGGAUUCAACUACAUUUCAGAUGUUACUGGGUCUGGAAUCCCACGAUGAAAUCAUAAGCCGAUUCAUGCGUGGAAGCUCUCGAGGUAGAAAAAUGAAGUGACAUUUUCCUAUCAAGUGACGUUGCAGGCUGCUGUAACUCUUGUGAGUUAUCACAAUACAAAGAUCUUUAACUUUAAUGCAUACAGUAACCAGUCUUGUUUUCCAUUAUUUGAUGAAUUUUCUAAUCUUAAAAUAAGUAUUUCAA